UUACAAGAAAUUAAUGUUAUUUGCUAAUUUGCUAUGGGACCCUAAGACAUAAUAUGCAAGGGAUUUUAGAUGUUGGAUGAAAUAUUUUAGGUUGGCACAUUGUUGGCACGAAGCAUGCACGAAGUAAAAACUUAUUCGUCGUUGCUAUGGCUACAAAAACCUAGAUUUUUCCAUGACGUCCUCGUUUUGGUCCUCGUGCUUCAUCCCUUGUUUUGUAUAUUUAUUUCAAAUAGACACUGGUGUAAUUUGUAUUGGAUAAUCUUAUACAAAUAUCCACAUAAUUAACCAGAGUCCCGUUAUUUUUGAAAAUGUCUGUAGUCGAAAUAGUCCAUCAUAAUGAAGAUAUUUAUAGGAUCCUUGAUAAACCACCUCCAGAACCACCUAAAACUCCAAGGUAUGAAUCUGAGUUGGAGAAGGAACUUAAAGCGAGAAAGAUACCCCAACUACGGCGAACGUUUGGAUAUGCUGAAACACCUUUAAAAACCCCCGAUAAAUUCCUGAAGAAAGGUGAGGGUAUAGGCCAGCCGAUCAAGGAGUCCGAUCACAAGUGCUACGUCACAGGAAACCUUCCCCCGGUGCCGAAGCGCCCACCUCCAGGGAAGAAACCAGAAAAGCCGAAAAUAAACUUCCGCGUCGUGAACAUAAAGAAGGCGAUAAAAACAAAGCCAAAGCCUGUCGAGCCAAGACUAGUAGAUACCAGAGAUGGUCAUACAAAGAAGAUAAAAGGCUCAGGCGAAGUGCCAGAAUAUUGCCUUCGACCCGACUUCGGGCAAAUGCCAGCGUACCUGGUGAAACGCAAUAGAAGAAUCCAAAGGCAGAUCGAUAAGAUUAAAUACGCGGAAGAUCACAAAGAGAGUCUUUGCAAAUUGAUUUCCGAGCAAGAGAGGCAGAAAUUAUUGGAAGAUCUUAAAUACAAUUGGCAGUUGAUGCAGAAAGCAUUCCUUCAACUGCCCAUGCUGACAGACACCAUCCCGAAGAUCCUAAAGAAGACGAAGAUGGAACAAGAGCUGCGCCAACUGGAAAAGGACAUAGCAUUAGUAGAAGGCAACCCUUACAUUUAUAUUUAUGAGUAAAUAAAUCUCAGUUAAAUACUCCAA